CCCGGCCUGGCCCAUCCCGCGAUGUUCCAAGCUCUGCCAUGGUUGAGCGGAGCACCGGUCGGCUGGACGGGAACGCCACACACCAGUCGCCCGACAUUCCCACGAAGAAACUCUCCCCAGAUCUCUCUCUCUCGCCCGCCAAUGGCAUCGUCCGUGGAAGCGGCGGCGACGGCCCGGGCUCCAAGAGCUACCAUCUCGCACGUCAUCUUCGACAUGGACGGCCUCCUCCUCGACACGGAGGGGUUCUACACGAAGGUGCAGGAGAAGAUCCUGGCGAGGUACGGCAAGGUGUUCGACUGGUCCCUCAAGGCCAAGAUGAUGGGCAAGAAGGCCACGGAGUCGGCGCGCAUCUUCGUCGACGAGUGCGGCCUCACCGGCCUCCUCACUCCGGAGCAGUUCCUCGAGGAGCGCGAGAGCAUGCUGCAGGAGCUCUUCCCCUCCUGCACUGUCUUGCCUGGAGUACUACGCUUGAUUCAUCAUCUUCAUGCAAAUGGGAUACCAAUCUGUGUUGCAACAGGGUCCCAUAAACGUCAUUUUGCACUGAAGACACAGAACCACCAGGAAAUGUUUGCCCUCAUGCAUCACAUAGUCAUGGGGGAUGAUCCAGAGGUGAAGGCUGGCAAGCCAUCUCCUGAUAUUUUUCUUGCUGCCAUGAGGAGGUUCGAGGGCAAUGUAGAGCCCAGUAAGUGUUUAGUUUUUGAGGAUGCACCAUCAGGUGUCGGAGCAGCUAAGAAUGCUGGAAUGUAUGCGGUGAUGGUCCCAGAUCCGAGGCUGGAUGUUUCAUAUCAGAAAGAAGCCAACCAAGUUCUCAGUUCCCUGUUGGAUUUCAAACCGGCGGAAUGGGGCUUGCCACCUUUUAAAGAGGAGUGAAAUUUAGAGUUAUAAAAUAAUUGAAAUUUUUGCAGGGUGAUUUACUUAACUGCAAUGCUGCAAUAUGGUUUGGGUUAGUGGUUGCACUAUGUGCAUUCUUGGCUAUUUCUGAUUUGGUGCAACUACUGCAUACUUCAAUAAAUAAUCUCCCAUCAGUUAGUUGUGUGCUUAAACUAUUUUUCCGUACCUUGUUUUUCCCAUCAGUUACCGAGUAGGCAGCGUGUCAAGGUGCUUCACUCCACAUGCCAAUACUCUUUGCUGGAACUUCCAUGUCAGCGAAGCUCUAGUUUUUACGUCAAUUCAAUGAAUUCAUGGGUUUGAUUCAA